AUGGCGGGUAACCUGGCUCCUCGCGUUGUCAAUAUUGGAAGUAUCGACACGUAUGAAAGUAUAGAUGACGUUGAUGCAAACCUUUACGAUGGCUUCCUGGACAACCAGACGAGGAACGCAUUUCUCGCGAUGAUGCGGCAUCUUAUCGGAAAGAGAGGCAAAGAAUUUCCCCGAGGCAGCCGCGGAAGGAAGGUUGUGAAUAAAUGGAAAGACAAGCAAAACUAUUGGAGAACGAAGGUAUACACUGGUCAACCUGCGGCGACAGCAGUCAGACCACUCCCGACUCCACCACCCAUUGCUCCACCAAUGGCCCUGCAAGCUUCAUUGACUUCAGUAGAUCACGCACAGGUAGCGCAACAACAAUCGCAAGAGUCAGGUGCAACUGGAGACGCGCCGGAAGGAGAUGGUGUAGACACGCCUACAGCUAUAUCUGAAGCUUCAAGUGGAGAGCGCUCGCCUCCAUUCUAUAUUCGAAACAGUCCUGAAAGAAAACAAUUUUUGGCUCCUACGGCGGGGCAGCGACGUGAUUUCUACAACCAUCAAGAUGGUAAUUGGAAGUUUGCGAUGACUCUCUAUCAAACUAGACUUGAUGAAAGCGCGGCGAAUGAGCGGCGGUAUGAGAAGGGGACGAUGCCUCGCAAAUCAGUUUUCCUUUAUGUUCGAACCACUGAUGCUGGGUUAAUCGAAGAUCAAAUCACAGUUAAAUGUCUAGAGGCGCUGGAUGUGAAAGAGUUCAGCGAUGCGAAGCACGAGAUUCUUAUGAACCAGCGCAUCAGCCAACUCAAUUGUUCGCAUAUGAUACCAUACCGCGGUAGCAGCGAAAGACCUUGCACUAAGAAAAUCCAUCGUCGCAACAAUGACAAAUCAGUGCCAACUGUCUUCAGUAUAUACUCGUCUUUUGCCGAACUUGGGACUCUUGCACGCGUCUACGAAGGGCAUAAACUCACUACUCCCAAGAAACCUGUACCCGAGCAUUUCAUCUGGUAUCUACUCAGUCAGGUGACCGAGGCACUGAUAGCGCUGCAGCAGGGUACUUGUGGAGAAGACGCAGAUUCGGAUGCCACCUCGGUGGUGUGGCAUCCAAUCAUUCAUUCCGAUAUCAAAGCCGCCAACAUAUUCCUUCGAUCCAACAACACUCAAUACCCCGCUUAUCCAAGAGUUGUUUUAUCUGAUUUUGACAUCGCUUUUGAACUAGACGAUGAAUAUGAGAAGCAAAAAAGGAUGGUCCAAGGCACGCCGGGAUUGAUGCCUCCAGAACGAGACGGUGCUGGAUUGUUCGAAGAUCAUUGGAUACCAAAUGAGUGGCUUAUCUCGGAGAAGUCGGACAUUUGGAGUCUAGCUAUGACAGCGUGGGCACUAAUGAUGGCCCACAAAGAGGAAAGCUUCUACGAGAAUGUCCAAGAGCGAUCCAAGAACCCAAACCAUGUUCAAAAUCUGAGGGAUGGAAAUGUUGGAAGCCGAGAUAGUAUUUUCCCCCAAACGUUGGGAGAAAUUCCCGCAGAAUACAGUGUGCGCCUGUGCCAAGUCAUCUCGCGCUGUCUACGGUACAAUCCCAAAAGACGCAUGUCACUUGAGGUCCUGCGAAGAGUCAGCGACGAUAACCUGUCCAGACUCGAUAGGAUGUAUGGCGAAGAAAUAAGAAAAGGAAAAGACGCAAUCGCCGAUGAAUUCAAACUCGAAUAUGCCAAAGAAGAUAGUGACGAGUGGGCACAAUAUGCUAUCGGCCAGGAAUUUGUACCGCCACGAAAACGGCGAAAGACAGACAGCGCCGGGGAAUUUGAAGAGAGAUUGACUAGACUGGCUACUGAUUGGGCUUCCAAGGCUGUAUACCCGCGCCCUAGUACAGAAGUCCAAGAUGAGGUACUGAAACAUGUCGAUAACCUCAUCAGCAGCUCGACAGAAGAAGCGAUUAGGACCUUCCGUGAGCGUAAAGCUUAUCUCACCGCCUGGCAAUAUCUUUGUUCGAGUAUAGGCAGAUACACAUCAUCUCAACGUGACGUUUAUGUGGCUACCGAUAUCACCAUCGAGGCUUUACAAGAAUCGCUCGAACGCAAGACAAAGAAGGCAGUGCUUAUGUUGCUCUGCGAGACAGUCUUGGAACUCGCCUUGGAAUCCGCAUCAGGAGAUCAAAAGACCGGUCUUCACACGUUGCAGCAUGUGGUCAUGUGGGGUCUAGUGUUGUUGGAGAUCAAUGCGGAGCCGGUGACGCCACGAUUGAGUGACAAAACGGAGAUGCAUCGCGGCAUGGCCAGCUUUAUCCUUGAUCAACCUUCCGGUGUGCCUGUGCAUGAAGAUGCCGACCCAGAUGUAAGUAUCACAUGA